AUGUCGAGGAUUGAGGACUUGACCCAUCUAAACUGCCCAAUAUCACGUAAGCAAAUUAUAUUGCAAACUAUUAAUGUCCAUAAGUUAUCUUUUUUUGAAAAUAAAGAUAGACUGAAAAGCGUUUACUAUGAUAAUAGCUGAAAUCGAGAUGAAAGGCCAACAAUGAAUAGAAAGGCCAGAUGGUUAACAGUCCAAGGUUUGAGCUUGUAAGUACGGUUCGAUACUGUAGUGUAAUGUGUUUGGUACAGUACCGUAUCCUUACUAAACACAGCCUGCCAGAAUUUUUUUUUCAAACUUGGUAUAGUAGAUUCCCUUAGCGGGCCCUACGUCUGAUUGUAGCUACGGUUCAUUGUUGGCCCGAUGCUCGCCAAGCAGGGUUAUUUAUUCAAUGCUCUUGAUAAAUGUGUAUAUCAUGUCACUAUCUUGGCAUAAUAGGGGAGAGGAGGGGGCAGGGGAGUCCAAACCCGCCUCCCUUAUCGCAUCUCCGCCCCUUUUUUCAUGGUUUCCUCCCUUUAGCCCUGUCUUGAGAUGCGAAAUAUCGGUUGCGUAAUUCCCCCUAUUUUACCCGCUUCCCACUCUUUUGGGGCUCCCACCUUCCGUCCUUUCCUCUCCCACCUCCCUUACCCCUUCGUCCCCUAUUCUGCUGGUCUCCCACCCCCCUGAUUCUCCUACGUGAUCGUACCAGUUAUUUAGAGCUUAUGAAACACUUGGUGCGCGUUUUAGGAGAGUUUGUUUGGAAAUAGGGGAGGGAGGGUGCGGGGGCUGAGAGCUUAUUUACAACUACCCUUAGGAGGUUUUGUAACCCUCCCUUGUGUUCCAAAGGAUUUCCUCAAAAAGACAUGGUUUCUGUGCACCUCGCGGCUUAAGAAAUGCUGCGGUUCUUGAAUCUACUUGUUAUUCAUUUUUCGAUAUAAGGGCACAGAAUUGUCAGUGAUUAAAAAAAUGAAGCCAAGUCGGACCUUUCAGAGCGAUAAAACACUGAUAAGAAAUGCUUGUCAAAAAGGCCGUAAGAAUUUUCAUUAAUUAGAGAAAAAUAAAGCUUCAAUAACAGUAAUGAAUUGAAAGGCACAGCUUUGAUUCCCAUGCGGAGUCAACGGACAUCGAUGCAGUUACUUUAUCCAACGAAAAACCUUAGAAAAAAUCUGGAUAAUUUUAAUCGCUUUAUUCAGAUGUCUUUAUUCUUUCAUUUUAUGUUACUUUAUUCUUUCCCAAAACCCUUACCCUAUUUAUGACCAAAAUCUUUUUCGUUACCCGUUUAUGACCUGUACUGAAAAGAUACCCUAUUUAAGACCUGACCCUUAAAUUAAUAUCCAAAGUUCAGACCAAUGUUAAAAUUAGGUUAGGGGACACGAUAAGGAAGUAGCUUCUUCUAAAAAGGUGCCAUUCAAGACUACAGUGCAAAAAUCGUUAAUUUAUGACCAAAAUUCGAUACCCAAUUUAUGACCAAAACGUUUAGUCAUUAGGGAGUACCCCCCGGACCGCGUUGACAAAUUCUUUUAUCCAAAGGGGAAAAUGAUGCCAGGCUGGAAUUUCGAACUUGAAAUGUUUAGUCAGCCCCUAAUUUGUCAAAUUCUUUUCCGGUAAAACUUUCGAUCCUUUAUAUGAUCCUAAGUUCUGGUUCAGCAGAUUUCAUCGUAAACUGGGGAGAUCAUUUACGUGUCAGCAUUUUUAAAAUUUUUUUUAAAUUUUAUUUUUCGUGAAUAAAAUUAUUUAAAGUAAGUAGGCUUAGUACACUUUGUGUUGACCAGAGUUAACCAAUGUGACCGAUACAUAUUUGCUUUCACUGUUCUUGGCAAGAGUCUUGCACGAAAAGGUCACCUCUCAGACCGUAAAGAAUUUCCGGUUAUCUUCAUUAAAAUUCAAUCAACAUAUAUAAAGUGUACAAAAACCGAAAAAAUACGUGUAAUACAUCUGGACCGAUAAAAGCAUAACAUCAUGAUACGAGAAUUAUUCUCUGCGUAUUUUUUAUGCACUGAUUUCGGUACACUUUAAGUUCUUUCCACGAUGAGUGGCUUUUAACGUUAUCUGUUAUACUGUUACUAUCGUGGUUUUGGUGAGAUAAGAUUGUCUGUCAGUGAUGUUUUCAUUAAUAAGUAAGGUAAUUGUGACAGUGCUAUUAGCUUGCGUGAACGGGUGUUUAAGUUACCCAGAUCGUGACCUUGUCCAGUCAAGAGUUUUGAAUAGUCAAUGCCGGCAAAUAACAGACGAAAAUCUGAACGUCAAGACUAUGGGGCAAAAGAAUUUUAAAACUAAGAUCACAAAUUUUCUUAAAAUCCCUGCAAAUAUUCUCUUACGCUCAUCAAAAGUUCUAAUUAGUUUUAAUUUCCUCUCAACUGGAAAGUAACAUUGCAAAGAUAAGGACUCAUCGUGAAGAUAUGACAAGUGUGAUCUUUUCGGAUACGAUCGGCAUCUACCAAUCACAGCCCAUUCCUGAUUGUUUAUUAAGCGAGAGAGGGAAAUUCAAUAAUUUAGAUUGCCAGGCGGACAAACGCGAACAACGACACCCUUUGUAUUAACGUGGAAGAUUGCUACAGCGCCGACUGCAAGGUAACCUUGAACUUAAAAGGAAUCCACGUGAUAGCAUGAAAAACUUGUGUCUUGUAUUUGUAAAAUGUGAUAUUUUCCAGUUUGUUGCUGACGAUACUGUUCUUAACCAUGGGACGUACAGGUUUCCGUUACUCUUUGAAAGUUUUUGGCGGGCUACUCAGUUGAUAUGAUAGUCUCCUGUAACGAAAGCUUUCGCUCGGGCAGACAACUCGUGUACAAAUGAAAAAUCUGUGAUAAAAGCUUAAUGAUAUUUGCCUAACGUCUUAAAUUAAACAACCACGCAUUUUUAUUCUACUGAUUACACGGUCAAUAAAUCUCGGUGUUCCCUUGUCGGCGGUCUUACAUUCAAAGUCAUGGAAAUCGAAUAGCUGACAAUAUUUGGUCGCGUUUCACCGCUUUGCGGCAACUUUGAACAGAAACUGGCAAGUAAUGAGGUUUAAAUUUCAAAUAAUUUAUUUCACAUCAAAAUUUAGUAAUAGAGGAAUGGCAUCCAAUAAAUUUGAAACAGUUGAAAAUAAUGACGGUGGGCUAUCUAUGGUUUCUCUCGUUUCGGGAAAGCUUUAUAGGAAGUCGUAAUUCUCCUGGACCGUUUAAACAAAACGAGAGGCUUAAAGAUAUUAUAACCCUUAAAAAUAUCUCCCAAACACUCAAAAAAUAACAAUCUUAAUUUCCACAAAGAAGCUUUUGUCGUAAUAAAAUAUCUGGUAAUCAUACUUCUUGCAACAAAAACACUGAAUUUGAUUACCUUUGUGAUUAAUACAACUAAUAAAAAUCUCUUAAUAAUGAAUAAAAAUACUCGUUUUGGCGGCCCGACUUAGCUUCUAAAUUAAAACUACAAGCUAACGAUUUUGGGUUACAACAGUAAAUUAUUCCAGCGACCAUCAUGACUAAAAUUAAAAUUCAGGUCAAGAAAUCAUGUCUCGCUGUGGUAAGUCGGUUAAGUCUACCAUGUUUAAAAUCUUAAAAGUAAAUUGCUUCUUCUUGCAGAUACAAAAUAACGGCUUAGGAAGCGAUUAAGUAUUUUGAAUGGGCGAAAUUCUCUUGCGGUCCGCGGGAGUCUUUCAUCCCUUUAAAGAGAAAUAUUCUAACUGUUCCGCCCUCUGUUUUUUUUUUAAGUUAUUGACUGUGUUCAUUUAAAAGAUUUUUAUUUUACUGUGAUCCGUUCUUUUAAGUUGUCGUAUACUUAAAAAGCCAACUAGUGGUCUAUUAUCAAUGCUGCGUUCUGAUUGGUUGAGCGACUACUAGGCUAUAUGUUAUAGCCCACUAGUAGCGAAAAGCGCCGGCUUUGAGAACCAAAAUAAUGGCGGCUGAAUCGCGUUUUGCUAGCUAAAGUUGCUUUGUCUCGAUAUUUUUGACCAACUAGUUGGAUUUUACUAAAACAAUUAUUCCUCUCGACCUCAUGGCCUCUGAGUCAAUAGCCCAUUCGGCCUUCGGCCACAUGGGCUAUUGACUCAGAGCCCAUUCGGGCUCGAGGAAUACAAAGUAUACCACAAGCUAUACUGAAUCAGGUUUUAUAAUUUUGUUUCAAAAUCCAAAUGGACGCCACGCGCUUCCAUUUUCGAUUUUCAUAGAGUGCCGAAAUAUCAGUUAAAGCCACGUGGCUAGCUUGCCAAUACAGCUGUCUCAGCGAGCCGGAGAGACGGCUUGUAUUCGCAGGUUACAAUACUAGUAAAAAAUAAAACACUCGUGUGCCAUUCCUCAAUGGUGAUUUGGGUAUCACAGUCGUCUCAUUGCUCCAAAGUAGCGCAACAUUGGGGAAGAAUAGAGUCACACUUCAGUGAGAACAAAGGAGUUGAAGAAUGAAUGUAAGAAAUUUUCAAGAAGAGUCAAGAGAAAUGGGUUGUUUACCAUUCACCAAAAUUGUCCGGGAAAUCCGGUUGGAAAGUGAAUGGACCACGACUUUUUGGAUCGUUCCAGCGGAAAAUUUGCAGGAGCAACGAAACAUCUGAAAAGGUAGUCCUGUUUUUCCGGGCGGAAUAUUCCAAACGGAAAUUAGUGUUCCAUUUCUUCAAAGUCAACUUUAAUACCGGUUUCAGGCCUUCGCGGUCGUUUUCCGGUAAAUGGAUCUGAUUUGUACAAAAUUAUUAAUGGUAAACGUGAUUCCGGGACGAAAUUCACCACGGUCGUGAAUUUUGCGUACCAUUUGCCCAGGCCUUGGACCGACUGGUUUGCCCAUGUAAAUGGAACACAACCAUGGUGUCUGUUUAAAAACUAACGAUUUGUGACUAGUGUUGAAGCCACGUGCCUCUUCCGAUAAGAUAAUUAACUACGACUAAUUCAAUUAACAAUUAACUGGCAACGACUUCCCCUGCGGUACUGUCUUUCAAGUUAAGAUCCCGACACGAGCCUUGCAAUCUUGCCUCCUUGCAGUCUUGCCUGAUGAAUUCUGUUUCACAAUUCGAUUGAAUUCUACGUACUCACGGCGCUGAAGUGUCCCGCAAGGCAAUUCUUUUUCAGAAUGAUUCUAUAUUCACUUUCGAUCGUGUUCAAAAAGUCUUUUGUCAUUCCAAUGCUUUCGAGCUGAAGUUCCAGAGUCUGUCCUUGGAUAUUUACGCCUGAUAUUAUAAAAACCCCUCGAGAGGUCCUUAUCAUUCAUCAAGAGCUCUUGCUUUCAUCGGCGGUAUUGGAAAGGUCCUCGAUUCUUAUUUGACUACAGAAAAAUUCCUUGAAUAUUUACCAUUUGUUUUUUUAAAGAUUUGGUAGAGUCGGACUAAAGCUGCUUUAUUUUAAAAAUACCUCAACAUCCUUCUUUCAGUUCCGCAAAGCCACAACCAUCACUUUUAUAAUACAGCAUAUUUAUUUCUUUGAGGGGUUAAAAAAAAUGAAAAUAAACAAGCUGUUGUACAUUAGAUCAAAAAACCACGAGCCCAUUCUAAAGCUCUUACGCUUUGCAUUAUGGAAACGACGGUGCUAUAAGGCUAAUUUGCUAUCCAUAUGAUUUGAGUUAAGCGAUCAAAUUCCAGCUAGUUGCAUAUUCGUAGAGAAAGGAGGAAGAAACAACAAUCAUCAAGAGCUUAUCCUUGCUUGAGAUCAUACAUUGUACUUACAGCUGCUGAUUGAUAAAUCAUUAUCUCAUAUUUAAUUUACAACACCAGCUGCAAAGGACCACAGACGAAUCUGUCGAAGAACGUAGUAUCUACAAGAAAUCUGAUCAGGAAAAAAAAACGUUGGAAAAAAAAACAAACAAACAAACGACAACAACAACAAAAAAAAAACACAGAGACACGACAGCAAUAAAACCUUAACAGAACGAUGUUGUAGCCCAAGAAUUCUCUUUUGCAUAGUACGAUCAGCCUAGCAGAUGUACGUGUGUUCAAAUCUUACCUUUACUCGAUUUUUGAACUGUUGCGUGGGAUUCUCAGUGGGUUGGAGUUAUUUACGGUUACGGCUUAAUAUUUUGGCUUCUCUCACGGUAGCCUCCGUAGCAAGCGUUUCCAAUCGAGUUAUUGCGCGAAAGUUACGGCUGUUCUCACGGCUAACGGUUGAUUUCUCUGCCUUAUGGUUAACAGACGUCAAAUGAAGAAGAAAAAUCAUUUUUUCUAGCUUAACGAAGAAACCGUUGUCUGAUUUUUUUGUCUAUCGAGGCCUUCUUGUAGGCCCGUAACUCGUAGGCUGGUCAUUUUGGUCAUGGUUGUUGUUUAUGUUCUUCUAAUAAUUCUAUCAAUAUUGUAGACUCUUGUGAAGAGUAUAUGCAGUUAGAUAAAAGAGAGCUUUACAUUAUACAGCCCCUUCAAGGCUCGUAGAGGUAACGUAGUGAAUGUCAGAGGUGUAGACCUUUUUUAAUUUGUACAAUAUGCUUUUUUUCGCCUCUAAAAUGCUCUAUAUGUCUACUAAAAUGCUCGGUCUACCCCCCAAAAUCACUAAAAUGCUCGAUAAUGCCCAUCAUACAGAGGCUUUUUCUUCUUUAUUUCAACGUGAAAAAAAAAACACGAUUGAGUUGUAUUCGAAAAGCAACAAUGUAUUCAUGGUUUUAAUACAGAAAAAAAAAUAGUCCUCCGUAAACGGUUGUUUUAGGGUGGCAUUCGAAUUUUGUUUUCGGAAUUUCAACGUUAAGUAUUUGUUUUUUCUUAAUUUUUUUUGUUUUUAUUUUCUCCGAAAAAUAUAAUAAUUUUCCGGGAAAUUCCAUUAAAAUGCUCAAAUAAUGCUUAAUGCUGUUGCCUCACUAAACUGCUCGAAAAAAUGCGAGCAUAUUAAAUGUACCGAAGUCUAAAGAGGUGCACUGGGUGUGAGUUAAUUUUUUGCAUGAAAGCAAAGUUCUCAGGCCCAGUGGCUUUUGCAUCAUCCAUGAGCCUAUUUCUAUCAAGUUUUUUGCUUGGUUUUGCUCAUCUGUUCUUAUUGCGCCCCAUAAUCAAGUAAAUAUAGUGCCACAUUGACGGACCGGGUAAAGAGAACUUGAAACUUACAAAGGUGAUCGAACGAUAAGAAUAUACUCACUGACAGAAACGAUGCAUUUAGCGAACAAGUAGACUCUCCUAGGCACUUGGGAAUAACAUUUGAUUCCAACUUAACGUGAAAAAACCACAUAAUCGAGGUUUGUUUGAAAUCAUCAAAAUCAGUAAUGGGUACCUUGUAUAAAGGAUAAAGGGGGACAAGUUGUCAAAAGCCAUACUCUUGUUAUCGGUUAUUACACUCCGUAUCUAUCAAUUCAGUCCCUUAUGUGGUGUUCAUGUUUAGGGUUAAACUUUUCCCUCAUUGGGCUUACACCAUUAUUUGUUAUACGGAAAAGUUAAUCAGAAUAUAUCUUCUCGGAAACCAAAUCCCAUUCAAUUCGGCGGAGUCUUCUUUACAAAUCCCUCAAACUACUUAUCCUCAAUGAUAUUAUUCACAGGUUCAUCCCUAUUAAGACAUUUUUGACCUUGGAAAGACAGAGGCAGCGAUUAAAACAGGAGGGUAAUUGAACGUCUUUGGAUCAAAGUCUCGCGUUUCAGUAUGAUCCUCUCCGCCCUCGCCGCGUUUUCGAUACAGUUUGAUAAUGGCGUUUACCAUUCGAUACAAUGAAUUCCUCAGUAUUUUUUCCUCAUGUGGCUUUAGCUUCAUUGUCAAGAGAGGAUAAAGAUAAAAGAUAUAAUGUUUCAUAAAAAUACUGAGAAAUAGAUCCUUUAAAAUGGUCACGACACAGAAACUUAGAAUUACCCGAAGCUUCUGAGAAAUAUAAGAAACAGAUAGAAUACUUAUCAUAUCGUUACACUUAUCUAGAGGUUCGAUUCCCAGGGGCUGGAAAAUAUGCCUUUCAAGAAGUUAGUAACAGUUGUUAGUGAUAGAGGAUAGGAGGACGUUCUUUCGAAGCUUAGAAUUGCAUAUUUUCUACUUAAAUUGUUUGUCUUGCCUUUUUGUCUAGACAGUAAAACCAUGGUUUAAAGGAUAAUGAAUAUCCAUUUUUGAUUAUUGAUUUUUUUUUUGAGGAAGUUGGGACGCGUUUUGAACUAUAACGAAAUAUAUAUGAUUUAUUUCAUUUAUAAUUCAUUCCCUUCGCUAUUUCCAGAGUAAUGAAUGCAAAGCCUAGAUUCCAUCCCAUUUUAAACCGUUCAUAAAUGUACUAAACCAAACAAAACUCCAUUGCUAGUAACUGAAAUGACCGUUUUGCAGAAGAAGUCGAAAAGGUCUUAAAUCAACUCUUGAUCAACCUUGUUUCAAGAAACUUCAAGCCAACUGGUUCAUAGUGAUUUUCCUGUUACAACAACUGGUCAAGGUAAAGCAGAGGUACAUUCGCGUAGGUCUUAGGCAGCGACAUAGCCAUAUCACAAAGAAACAGUCGGCUUGCUUGCUUUCUUGAUCGACUACAGGCAGCCCAAGCUCACAUGAGAGUUUAAUCGUCUCGUAUUGCAUAAUCCUUAACAUGGCCGUGAAUAUAAAAGUAUUUGUACGGAAAUUCAGGUAAAAGAUUCAAGAAGAUAAAGACACGCUAGAAUUUUUUGAGUAAAAUACACCUUACCUUAUUUACUUUACUUGUUUUUGCUUGCUGUGUGGUUAUUUUCCCGAUCAAUUGCGAUUUAAGCGAUUUCCUUUCACCCCGAGUUUCCAUCGACUUCACAAGACCAGCUAACCUGUGCAGACCACGUGAAAAACUUUCCUACGGGACAGGGAGCCGGGAGAUUUGAGACCAUGGACUCAGGCCAUUAUUUUAAUAGCAGCUAUAAUUUAUUAAAGACGCACCUGGAUUAGGAGCUACCGUUUUAACUUUUCUAAUUUGAGGUCAUGUCGUUAUCGAAACCUUAAAGUCUCAGUGUUCACAUGUUAUUUCUCCAGACUGAUCUAUAUACAUUUCCUUAAAGAAUUGGUUGAGAGAAUUUAACUGAAUGAUCAAAGCAUUUUCUCUUUGGUGAUCACUUCUUUUAAUUCUCAUAACCUCUUCUCUUCAUGAUGUAAUGAUAUUGUAAGGAGAAAAUAUAUGUUUGUCACAUCUGGGACUUAAAAGGUUAAACGUUUUAUCACCAACAGGUUACAGUGCAUGCUACUGCAUGUGCAUCUAGUCACACCUCUGGGUAACAUCCAUGUGGCACGUGUUGUUGUUUUUUUACCGUUGUUAUUUCAUGAUUUUUUUAAAAUUUCACUUGACUAUUGGGUAAGUUUUGGGUACUAUCGUGUAAGACACACCUGAAAGCAUACAAGUUGUUUGCUUAUGAGGUGACCUUUUGUGAUAUUUUUCUCUCAGUUGCAUCGUUUUAUCCUGUGAAGAUGUUGCAAACACCUCUACAUAUUUAUGCGCUCUUGUUGAUGAGUCUACUUAUCACCGAUGGAGUUAACGGGAUUCACUUCUUCAAAGGCGCUCCAAAUCAGUUUAGAAAGCGAAAGUCUAUUGAUAGAGAGCCUGACAAUUCAUUGGCGUGGGUAAGUCAAAGUUAUAUUACAUUAAUUAAUAUAACUAACGUACUUGCUUAUACUUAAAUCUUGAGUAGCGUGCUCUCGGGAUUAUUAAACGCUUCAGAUAAACCAGUUUGUUCUGCUUGUGCACUUUUGCUGCGAUAUUCCAGGCUUAGACCACAAUCUCACCACCGGAAACGAGAUGACUGUAUAUUUAACCACGGUUGCCUACCACUCUCUUUCUCAAAGGGUUAAACUUUGAUGUUGGUUUAAAGCAGCCUAUAGACGAUUCUUGAAUUUAUUUGACUUCAACGCUAACCAUAAAAUGAAAUUAAUUAAAUAAAUAUAAGAGUGGCUUACAAGAGAAGAAAAUUGAUAACUAAGGGUUAACGGACAUUGACAUCUAUGAAUAAUGACGGCGGAAGGUCUCGCAAACCAGUUUAAGAAGCGGCACGAUAGGGCAUGUUCUCAACCCGCCGUCGCUAUUGCAUUUCAAACUACUAAACGACUUUCGAGUGGAAAGGGCGUCACUAACAUAUUAAGCAUAUUAAAUUAUUUGAGAGCAUUUGCUUAUAGGCAUCCCGCAAAAUAAACGUUCUAUGACGUGAUUGGUCUGGAAGGUUUUUUCAGAUACGGUAAGAUCGCACCAAAAAGCAACACUGAUACCUAACCGUUAGGCGAAGCGUUCAACUGUUUAACCGUGUUGUGGAUUUUGCAUACGUUAUGGCCUUAUUUUAUUGGUCAGAGUGAAAACACGAUUGAAUGAAGGGGCUUGCCAUAGUGUCUAAAAAACGUGGUUUUGUAAAUCAGGCAGCAAGAACAAAUUGGUUGUACCACCUGAGUUAAUAAAAUGCCUGAUUUAUCAUCGUAAAAAGAUUGAAAAGCUGACGUUUCCAUAUCCUUUUGCGAUCCUUCUUAACCCGCUUCCUAAGGUUAAGACAGGCAGGAUUCAGGCUUUACUCCGUGAUACGAGAGCAGUGCUCAGAGCUAUGAAGCCACCUCUGAGCUGCUCACUUUACGAAUUCGUAAUAUGACGUGAAGGAUGAAGAAGUGAAAGUGAAAAUAUUAAAUUUCAUAUCGAUUCAUAAAUUUGAAUUGUGAAGGAAAAACUGAACACGUGAAAGAUCAUCGCACUUUGUGCGCAACCAUAAACUCAUGAUUGAAUGGGACUCGAACCCAUAUAUUCUUUCACGCGUUAAAUCUUUCAUCCGCAAUUCAUAUAUAUGAAAUUUCAAAUAUUGACUCAGUUUUAAUGGAGCAAUUAUUAACUAUACAUUAGGGCUAUUAGCGCACAUUCGAAUACCUUCACUUGCGAGCUAGGGCCACAGGCAGACCACCCUCUGUUAGUGGGGGCCGUUGUUGAUUGAGAUUAGCCUGCGUGGCAGGCGUUUGAAAGGGAGGGGAAAGGGAGCUUUAAGAAAGGGAGUUUUAGUAUCUUGAACAUUGAUGCCAGUAAGACAGUGUAACGGAAUCGCGAGGUUUGACCUCGGCGGUUAUUCAAAUAUUGAUCUCGCAAAAUAGAGCUUAAAACAGCACGGGACGGCGAAAAAAACAUGACACAUGGCUCAGUUAGCAUUUUCUUCAAGCUUUUAUUGAAAAAUUUGCUUUAAAUUCUGCAUUUUGGAACAAAUUAUAGCCACCGUAUUGUUCAUAUGUAUUUGUUCUAACAAAAGAUCGUUGCUCAGAUUUCAAUCAACAACGGCCCCCACUAACAGAGGGUGGUCUGCCUGUGCUAGGACUAGCUUGCAGUCGUGUCUUAAGCCAUAUCCACACGAAUCCAGACAUUUUUGAAACCGCAUAGCCUUAAACUGCUCUGGAGAGCGGUUUCAAAACACAUGCGGUUUCCGGCGGUGCCUGCUUCGCUGGUUUCGUGUGGACUGAAGGCCCAUUAGUGUAAAAAAAAGUAUUUGGUUUUAAAAAUAUCCGAAUUCUUGUGGGCUUAAUCUUAUAUUUAAGUCUAGCUGCGGUUACGCUUUUCCUUGGAGCUUCCCGUUGGGAAAAAGCUUGAGUUGGCCGCUAGCUCAUUCUGGGUUUUAAUCAAUUCUAAGGGGAGGAUGCACCAGUCAGUUGCGCCAUUUCUUAGUGGUGUACCCUCUCCUAAGAAAAAUCCUGGAUCCCCCCCCUGAUUUCAUACAUAUAUUCCACGGUUAUACGCAUAUAAAUUGCCCUUGGGCCCGAUUUGGGGGUAAACGUCCUUCUAAACUUGCAGGAAAAAGAACUGGCCCCAGUUGUUCAAAAGGUGGAUAGUGCUAUCCAUUGGAUAAAUCUCUAUCCAAUGGAUGGCGUAAUUGGUUUCCCUAAUACUUAUCCGCUGGAUAGCGAUUUAUCCGGUGGAUAGCGCUAUCCAACGUUUGAACAACCUUGGCCAGGUGUAAAUCGUUUAACGUUUUCGUUUUCCAUUCGUCCCCUUCUUAUUUAAACUGAAACGCAUAAAUAAACUUUAGCGAAAGUGAUUAAGCACUUAUUUGUCAGUUUUCUUUCACUAAUCCUCCAGACAGAGUACUUGCAGCUUUCUUUAUCAUAACACGUCACCUUUCUACGCGCCAGCCAAAUUUUGUAUUGGUUUCAGAACAACUUCCCUAAGGAAUGAUCCCCGCCCUCAAUCUGCCGGUUUUAUCACAAUAGUGCAGCUAGGCCCAGCAGAGCCAAAUGUUGCUGAAGCGCAGUUCUCUUGUCUAGAAACAUAUAACUGUAGCUUAUAAAAUGUUCUUGAGCCUUUAUUCUGAGAUCCAGGUAUGAUAACACAAAUGACACUCUAAAAAUUCUAUAGAAAUCUGAAUGCAACCGUGGAUUUCUGUAAUGUUGUCCUGGAUUAGCGCUGAUCGGCCUUUCAGAGACAAGGGAUAAGAUCUGUCACUAAUUACAAAAGAAGCUUACUCACGCCGUCCCUCUAGACAGUUAGAUUAAACCUUUAAUGAUUAUAUAAACUAAGCAUGAGAACACCUCAAAGUGGGACCCACCGGCGCCACCGCAUAGGCCACUCUUUCAUUUAAUAUGAAAACAAAACUCUGAAUGAACCGUAGACGGAAUGCAUUAUCGGUUGACUGUAUAUCAAUCAAUCAAUCAAUCAAUCAAUCAAUCAAUCAAUCAAUCAAUCAAUCAAUCAAUCUAUCUAUCUAUCUAUCUAUCAAUCUUUUAUUUGGCCACGUAAUCACUAAUGUAAUACAUCUAUAACAUAAUCUAUUAGCAGGAGAUCUCUGCAAGCUCAGCUGAGCUUUUCUAGGGAGGUCCGCUUUCAUUUAUGCAUUACAAACAUUCGCAUUGAAAACGGUGGCUUUACAUAUUAUUAAGCAGCAAGAGUAUUACACUGUAUAUAUGAUGCACUAUGUAGAGUCAGUAUAUUUCUGUUCAACAACUUUUUCAAUUUUCUUUUAAACAACUGCAAUGACUUAAUUUCCUUCAAACUAUUUGGCAAACUGUUCCAUAUAAUAGCUCCUCUAUAUCUAACUGAGAAACGUCUAUAAUUAGUUCUUUCAUACUUAAUGUGUACUUUGUUAGCGGACCUUGUAUUAUAGGAAUGAAUAGUAUUAUUCUCCGAAAGGUAAUCUGAAAAAGAAGGCGGCAAUUAUCCUCUAAAGUAAGAAUACAUGAAUAAUGCCAAUAGAUAAGAGUUUAACUCAUAUAUUGUUAGUAUAUUAAAAAAAAAAAAAAAAAAUAGGAAUAUAGGCCUUGUUUCCUGUGUAAAUUUCGCAAAAUCAUGGAAAUUACGCUAUUUUCCUCGAGCAUAGGACUGGUUGUUCGCCCUAUAUGUAAGGUAAUCCGGAUUGUGGAAUCUGUGAAUUUUUUGCUUGUGAAAUCCGUAAUCCUGGGUCCAGUUAUUCGAAGGCCCGAUUAGCGCUAACCCGGGGUUAAAUUUUAAUCCGGGCUUCUUUAAUUUUCUUUUGUUCAAACGGCAUCUUCUAGGAUAAAAUUUCGUUACUACCUUUAUAGGAUACAAUCAUCAAAUUGUAGACAAAAAGAAUGAAACUGAAUUUGCCUUGUAAGCUUUCAUGUCUGAAUUCAAAUUUGGUACUGACCCUGGGUUAUCUUAACCCAGCUUUGAACAACUCGGCACUGGGGUUUGGAAUCUGGAAUUCGGCUUCAGGAAUCCUGACAAUGAAUCACUUAUAGCGCGGAAUCCAGAAUCCAAGACUUUCGUGGAUCAAUACCUUACAUGGGGCGAAUGCUAUUAACAAAGCGAUUGAAAAACCCUAUAAUGUCGUCGACAGUCUAAAAUGAACGGCUAUGUCUUAUGAAAAGUGUACUACGACAGCGAUAAAAUUUUAAGAUGAAAAUUGAGCGUAAACAGCAAGCGUCUCUAGUGUUUGGCACAUGUUAACUCCUCUAGAUUUGAUAUCCCCUUUUAGUUCUUCUAAAAAUGGCUUUGCCGCGAGGAUAUUGCUGUUAUAAGUCAAUUCUUCCUAAACUCAUUACUUAGUGCCUUUACUUCAACACAGAACGCUCCUGUAAAGGUAUUAAUCAUAACUAUAACAAAAUUGUCAAAUCUGGUUGGCUCUCAACUGCCCUGAUUUCAGCCUUAAUUGGACAGUUUAAUAGGACAGUACGCGUCAUGCCUAAGUAAUUGGACAGUACGCGCCAUCACGCGCGCGCUUAAAAUGGCUUUUUUUUUCACUGCUAGUGUAGAGGUAUUAAUCAAACAGAUUUCAUCAGGGAGCACUAACCAUAAUAGUAUUUUGAUAAUUUUUGCUGGCACAGCAUUAAGCAACUUUUUUCAAAUUUCAAUCCACGUCUAUCCUUGCCAUCUGUUUUAACUGACGGAAGGAAACAGUUUCAAUGUCUAAAUACAUGUAUUUUCUUAAGUAACACAGCAGCACCAUUAUUUUUUAAAUUCAAUUGAUGUAAAAAAAGUUUUAGCUUUAUAAAAAGAUAGCAGAUGGCGUGGCAUAGCACAUGACGUGACAAUGCCCCUUUAAAAACUUCAAUUUUAUGACGCUUUUUCAUUUGCUGUGUUGUUUUGUCUUCACAGUGUUCUCGGUCGUGUAAUACAGCCAUCUGUCGAGUGAAGGCAGUUGACGGGAGGUCUGAUCGUUACUACGGUGAUUGUGACUGUGGGGUACAUUGCUAUUGUGUCUACAGUGAAACGCGGGGCAGCAAUUAUUUCUACAGGUGUACACCAGUAUAA